GGUGCCCUGGACUUCAAGCAGAUUAAAUAAUCAAAAAGGCCGAGCCAUUGGGGUCAUGUUUGAAUGCUACAGCUGUUCACUGAGGUCUGACAAGCAUUCUUUAUGUGGCUCACCCUCUGAAUGGGAAAGGCAGGGAUGAGCCGGGUGAGGGCAGGGGACUGACGCUUUAAGAAAGAGAAGAGACACAAUCAAACGCUCCUCUUCUGGAGAGCAAUACCAGCCAGAUGGAGACAAGGAAACAGGCUGCGUAAAUAACUGGUCUGCCGAACACUUUGGUGAUUUCUGCCCAAAGAAAAACACAAGCAGGAUUCAGAAAAAAAGGAACGAAAAGCUGGGCUCCAAGCUUGUCAUGCUCUUGGUUUGCUGAUCUGUGAAUUAAUAAGGUUGGGCUACGUGUGCAGCCCAGGGAGACUCAACCAUGAAAGGUGAGCUGCUGCUGCUUUCAAGCAUGAUCUUCCUACUCCAGGGGGCCUGUGGCUGCCCAGAGAAGUGCUUCUGUCACUCAUCUUCAAAUUCUGUAGACUGCAGCCACCGAGGUCUGGCUGAAAUCCCUCCCAAUCUGCCUCCUGAGACACUAACUCUGCUCUUGCAAGAUAACCAGAUAUACCAGCUUCCUGCUUUUGCAUUUAGGACAGUGCCACGGCUCAAGACUUUAAAUUUGUCCAACAAUUCCCUUUCAGAACUGGUCCCAGAAGCUUUCCAUGGACUUCAGCACCUGGAGGUUUUAAAUGUAACCCAGAACUCCCUGCUUUCUUUGGAGAGCAGGCUUUUCCACUUUCUCCCACAGCUGCGAGAGCUUGAUUUGUCAUCCAACAACAUAAGCCACCUACCCACGUCCCUGGGUGAGCCUUGGGAGAACCUAACUGUAUUUGCAGUGCAACAAAACCAGCUUCAGCAUCUCAGUCGUGAGCUUCUAGAAUCCAUGCCCAGGGUGAGGCUGUUACUGCUCCAGAACAACCUCUGGAAAUGCAAUUGCCAUCUGCUUGGUCUUAAACUCUGGCUAGAAAAAUUUAUCUAUGAAGGGGGAAUAACAGACGGCAUUGUCUGUGGAUCACCUGACACCUGGAAGGGGAAGGAUCUCCUUAAAAUCCCCCACGAGCUGUACCAGCCUUGCCCUCCUCCUCCUCCUCCUCUUCCUCCUCCAGAGCUGGUGUUUUCCCAGGCUCGGCAGCAUGACUCUGAACAAGGGGAGCUCCCCAAGUCUCCUGAAGACCACAAUGUGGGCCGGCAUGAUAUCUCAGAGUGCAUGGUCAAACCCAAACCAAGGCCUGCCAACCUGCGUCACGCUGUGGCUACUGUUGUUAUCACUGGGGUUGUGUGCGGCAUUGUGUGUCUCAUGAUGUUGGCGGCUGCCAUCUAUGGCUGCACCUACGCAGCCAUCACAGCCCAGCACCACGGCCGAGCCUCAGCUCAAACCAGUGAGUCUGGGAAGAUGGGAGGAAAAGAGCCAUUUGACAGUUUGCCAGCCUGAGAGCGUGCACCUCAAAGAGGACUGAGUAACACAGGCUGGAAGAAAGGCCUGAAUAUUACCUGAUAUUGUCACAUUUUGCUUUUUCUAAAAGGUUUUAAAAAGUGUGUCUUUAAGAAGAUAUACCUGGAAAAUAUACAUUGAAAUUUUUAAAAUACCACAGAUGAAAUAGAGAUGUACCCUGGCUCAGGAAGUUAUGACUGUGAUUCCAUGGGGGGAUGCCAUACACAGAGGCUGAGAAGAUACUAGCUCUUGCAGGUACCCUUCUCAGGAUUAAGCUGCUUUGCAAAGAAACAGGAAUUCCGGCACACAAGCCAAUCAGCAUUCUCGGGAGCUUUAGGAUCCCUGGAAAACCGCCCAGGUUUGAGUGCCUAGGAGAAGCUGGUGAUCUUCCCUGAGGGGCGCUGAAUGCCUCUCUAAUUCAAGUUCAUGCUAAAUCGGUGAUACUUUCAGAUGUUGUGUAUGUUAUAUAUUUAAUAGGAGCAUUUGUUAGUGGGGAAUUUUGUAGCUUGCCACAAGAGUCAGAUUAUAUUUAACUUUUUAAAUCAGAAAACCAUUUGAGGCUUUCUAGGCCACAGAGGAAGAGGAAGGUUUCAUGCCUGGAUAAUGUAACUCAAGCCCAGAGUCUGCGGAAGUUUUCUGAUGCAAAGGUAGAGUUUUUAAGCAAACACAAAGAGGAUAGGGAGCCAGAAUCCGAGGCAUGUAUUACUGAAAGCCAUAUCCACCAUGCUGUUGUAACCUUCCAUUUAUAACUCUCACAGCAGGAAUGAAUUUAGGUUAGGCUGAGAGCGAGGUAACGGAUUUUGUGUAUUUGCAUCUACAUACAUAGUGCACAGAGUGCACAGCCGUGUACAACCACACCCACACAUAAACAAGCUUGGAGAAAUCAGCUUGCCCACUAAUGAAAUGCAGCCGUGUUGGGGUAGGAGCCAGCAACUCUGAUCACCACCCAGAUUGUCUACUCAACACUCUGGGAUAGGAAGUGAGAAGGAAGUCUGAGGAGAGUGAGAAUUACCAAGAGACCCAAGAUAUGUGGUGGCAGCCUUCUUGAAUGUUAUUUAGGUCAUGGCUCUAAAAAAUCAGGUGUAGUGUGCUUAGUCCAUGGACAUCGUCCUGAAGAGUUGCAUGCAAAGUGAAUUUUUGUAAAUUGAAUCAUCAUUUUAAUGCAGUAGGGGAGCUCACUAUUUAAAGGGACCUUUCAUGGAAUCUUUCUGUAAUGAAAAUAAUUGACUCCAGAUUUACACAUUUUGUAAAUUUGCAUUUUCUCAUGCUAGGUUUUCUUAAAGUGGAAUUUACCUGUUUUCUCUCAAUUCAUAUUUACAGUUACUACUUAGGAUUCAAAUUAUUUUACACAGGAAGAGAGCACAGAGGUGUUAAGGACAUGGCAACUAUAGGGCAAGCUGUCCCUCCAAGGCCAUGACAGACAUCUCUAAUCAAUCCCAGCUCCCCUCCCAGCAGAGCCCGGAUGCAUCACAGAUGGUUUCUUAAGACAGCACUGUAGGCAACCAGAACAAAUCAAUUGGAACUGGUUCAAAGGAUAAAGCACAUUUGCCAUUCAAGAUACUGGCUCUACAUUCACUCCUUAAGGCCAUGUAAAAAUUGGUUUGGAUCCUAAAUCAGUAGUGCAUGCCCUAUCCUAGCUGAAAUGUGAAUGGAAGGUUUACAUGUGUAUGGGAAGGACAGAUGGAGCCCUUGCCUUGGCCAAUGGUGUAAUGAAGCCACAGCAAAACAGAUGCACUGCACUCUACUGUGCAGGACUCCCAUCAGUGCAUCUCUAUCACAGUGGCGGUCUGAACCUGCCCAGAGUGAGCCCUGGACCUGGGCCAUCUUUUGGAGCAGUAGUUUUGCUGAAUGGUUUUUCUUGGGGAAUGGUUGAAAGUUGAAUGGUGGUUUUUUUUCCCUGACUAUCAAAAUAAACCUGAAUACAUGAAGAAUAGAUUUUUAAAAGACUCCAGGGAAGGCACUGUCACAUUGUCCUGCUAUGCCACAUGGGCUAUUUUAUUGGACAAGGGUCAGAAUCCUGCUCUAAGGACAUAGCAACGGCUUUUCAGGCAGGUAAAUUCUUUCUUUCCGUUGCUCUGGACUGUGGAUCCCUGGACAAAACCUCAAUAAGAGAAAGGAAAUUUUGAAAAAAAUUUGCAAAUAUUUUAUUCUUCACUCUGAUUUCAUCAAGUGUUCUCAGGGCUCAUACCCACUCUGUGAGCUACCUGAACAGACAUCACAGAGUUGAAAGAUACUGAAGCAAAUAAAAUAUGUUUCCUCCAACUGCAGCAACUUACCAUUGUGAGCACAUUGAACUCUGCCAAAGCGUGGUGACACUGCAGGUCAACCCUGUUCCCUGCCCACAGAGAUGGCAUGAAAAAGUUUCCAAUAUCCAACAGAAACCCCUGAACAUAGCUAGAAACCUUCUUGUCAACACCCAUAUCCUAUUAGAUUUCGCAGGGCAGAUGAUAACUCACGCAAAUAGACUUUCAGCUUUAUGGAUAGUCUUUAAGGGAAAUGAUUAAAAUGAGGCAUACAUACAUCAGAUUUCUAUCUAUUGCUACAGUCACCACAAACAGCAGUUGGCAAUGAAAAUAAUUACGUACUCUGAAGUGUCAACAGCUUCUCAGUACAGAAAAAUACAAAUCAAAUUGUUUAGAUUAGCAAAUGCAGAGUUAUCAUUUGUUAAUAUGAGGAAUGAAAUGUUUUAACUGUAGAAAAACACUGCAAAUGAAAGACCCAAUUUGGAGUGUAUUCUGCAAGAAUCACAAAUUAUCUCUCAUAACCACUGGAGCUCAUGAGGGGUAAUUCACAAAUUCCUCAUAGAUUAUUUUCAGCUGUUUAUUGCUGCUGUCAUAUUCAUAGAUUUCCCUAUAAAAAUGUCCUUCCACAGAGAACCAUGCCAAGGGUACACUAAGGACAAAAAUCACAAUUACUGUUUAUUUUUUCUGACAAGAUCCUCUAAAAUAUCAUUUUGCAUCCUAUUUAGUAGAAGUGAGUAACUACAAACAGCUGAUUUUUGCUUUGCCAGAGAUCAUGAAUUCACAAACAGAUGCCCACGUUGUCAGCGGUAAAGUAUAUUAAGCAAAGGCCUAGAGAAAUGGACACUGUGGUGGAGAUUUUGGAGUAAAAAGAUCUAGCACCAAACCCACAUCUGAAAAAUAUCUACAACUAAUGUAGAUAUUAUUGUCCAUGCAGGAAGAUUCUUGGGCUUACGAUUAUAAAGUGUUAGUGAAAUAACUGUCUUAUUUUUCCCCAUAAAAAUGGAAGACUAAAAAGUUCUACACAGGUGAGUUUCUUUCUGAAAGUGUGUGAAAAUCAAAUCUCAUGACUAAAGUUAACUAAAUAAUGCAGAAAAAAGACACCAUAUCAGAUUUCAAAUAUUAAAGGAAGUGGCUAAAUUUCCAAAAUAAUCUCCCUGCAGUAGACACUCAUUUAAUUAUAUAAUGACUAUGAAAAACUUAUAAAUUUCUAUUUCAGGUCAGGAAUUUUCUCUUUCCAGUUUGGUAAAACCCAGUAGUGUAACCAUUACUAAAUGUUAUUGAUAGAAACUUACCAGAAAAUGAUAUUUCAAAACUUCCUUGGCAUUUCUGAGCUGUGGUUAUAUGCACAAAUUCAGGGAACCAUCCUGUCUUUCCCUUUGAUGAAAUGCUUUAUUUUUUAAUGCUUAAACUGCAAUGAAGCCUCAAAUAAACCUUUAUCCCAU